AUGUAUUCUAAUCGAGUUUUAACAAAGAACUCUUACUUUGUAUUUUUGAUGGCACAACGUUAUACAAAUCGUUUAGCCAAAGAAAAAUCAUCCUAUUUACAACAGCACGCAAAUAAUCCGGUUGAUUGGUAUGCUUGGGGAAAUGAAGCAUUUAAAAAGGCGAAAGAUGAGAAUAAACCAAUAUUUUUAUCAAUCGGAUAUUCGACGUGUCACUGGUGUCAUGUUAUGGAACAUGAGUCAUUUGAAAAUCCCGAAAUAGCUGAUAUUUUAAACAAAUAUUUUGUUUCCAUAAAAGUUGAUAGAGAAGAACGACCAGAUGUUGAUCGAGUGUAUAUGACAUAUCUUCAAGCCACACAAGAAGGAGGAGGAUGGCCACUCUCUUGUUUUCUAACGUCAAAAUUACAACCGUUUUUUGCUGGUACUUAUUUUCCCCCCGAUACACGAUACUAUGGACGACCGGGUUUCAAACAAUUAUUAACAUCAAUUAAAGAUACAUGGGAUAAAAAGCGUGAUGAAAUUGAAAAGGGUAGCAGUGGGACAAUAAAUCAAUUGAAUGAAGCAUUGUCAGCAACAUCGAUUGCAUCAAAUUUACCCUCAACUAAUUGUAUUCUAACAUGUUUUAAGUAUUUUGCCAAUGAUUUUGAUGAUUUACAUGCAGGAUUUGGCACAAAACCCAAAUUUCCACAACCUGUUAAUUUAACAUUUUUAUUAACAUGUGCUUCGUUGAGUCAUCAAAAAGGCGAAGAUCCAAGUAUAGCACAAUUAGCCGUUGAUAUGGUGAAAACUACACUCAAACAAAUGUCAUUAGGUGGUAUUAACGAUCAAUUAGGCAAAGGUUUUCAUCGUUACUCAACCGAUGAAAAAUGGCACGUUCCACAUUUUGAAAAAAUGUUGUAUGAUAAUGCACAAUUGGCAACAUCUUAUGCUGAUACCUAUGCUAUAACAAAAGAUGAAUUGCAUGCUCAAACACUACGCGAUAUUUUAUUUUAUGUUGAACAUUAUUUACGGCAUGAACAAGGUGGUUUUUAUUCAGCUGAAGAUGCCGAUUCGUUACCAACAAAAGAAGCAAAGAAGAAAAAAGAAGGUGCAUUUUAUGCAUGGCAUUAUGAUGAUCUUCAAAAAUUAUUAUCAGAAAAAAUAUCUGAUCAUACCCAUGCUGACGUAUUUUGUCACUAUUUUCAAUGUAAGAAAAAUGGAAAUGUUGAUCCAAUGCAAGAUCCUCAUGAUGAGUUAAAACAUCAGAAUAUUUUAAUAACAAAUGGUGAUACAGAAGCAACUGCUAAACAUUUUAAUAUAACUAAAGCAGAAGUCGAACAAAUAUUAGACCAAUCAAAACAAAUUUUAUUGAAACAUCGUGAACAACGUCCAAGACCCCAUCGUGAUGAAAAAAUCUUAGCAGCAUGGCAAGUUAUUCGUUAA